UAUUUGUAAGCCGCGUCGUACACUCGUUUGGGUCGAAAAGGGAACCAAAAUGUCUAGAGUGAAAGAAAAGCUAUAGUACCCCAGGGCUUGAGUUGGUAGAUGAUUGGAACACGUGGCAAUUAGGACCCAGGAGGAAUCCGCUAAUACCGUAUAGAUCGGCGCUAGGACCCAGGGGGAGCCAGAAGGGCUUGCCGCGUCUCCUGGAGCGCAGCGGAGCCUGGGUCAGGACGCGCAGCACUGGACGGGCAAUUGGAAGCCGGACGAGAACCGAGGAGCUCCUCAGCCAGCAGCAUGGUGGCGCUACAGAACUACUGUGAGGGGAAUGAGUCUUUGGCCCAAGCAUGGGCUCAGCAGGGGUUGUACCCCUGUUUCUACUUCACACUGGUGCCUGCAGUGCUGCUCAGUGUCUGCAUCCUCUUGGGUGCCCUGCAGUAUGCUUGCUAUGCCCGGUUCAGCCGCACCAUGGAGCCAAAGUAUAUCCCACGUUCCCGUUUGUACUACAUUCAAGUCCUCCUCUCUCUGCUGCUUGCACUACUGCCCUUUGGCACUUUUCUGUGGCAAGUCUUGGGCGUGCAACAGCUGCAUGGGUACAUGGUGCUGUAUACCUGCCUCUCUGCCGUGGGCUGGAUCAGCUCGGUUGGGCUGCUACACUUGGAACACACUAGAGUCCUGGCGCAGGACCGGAUCAGAGGCCAUGGUGCAAUCCUUCUCCUUUAUUGGGCUCUGGCUUUUGCGGCUGAGAACCUGGCCUUCAUCUCCUGGAACAGCCCACUCUGGUGGUGGGGCUUAGAAGACACCAACCAGAAGGUACAGUUCAGCUUGUGGUUACUCCGCUACAUUGGCACCUUCACCCUCUUCACCUUGGGGAUAAAGGCCCCAGGGCUGCCCCAAAAACCCUACAUGCUGUUAAUUAAUGAAGAUGAGCGCGACGUGGAGAACAGUCAGCCCUUGCUUCCAGGUGCCAGACAGAAUCUCUCCACCUGGAGGGAUCUGGGCCAGAAGAUACGCCUCCUUUUACAAUACAUGUGGCCGACGGGGAACUACCCACUGCAGGGGCUGGUGAUAUUCUGCCUGAUGCUUAUGGGGCUGGAGCGUGCCAUCAACGUCUUUGUGCCCAUCUACUACAAGUACAUUGUGAACGAGCUGACAGGAGGGAUUGCUUGGCACAUUCUGCUGCAGACUGUCUGCAUCUACGCAGGCCUCAAAUUCCUCCAGGGAGGAGGUGCUGGCUCCACUGGCUUCAUUAGCAAUAUGCGCACUUUUCUCUGGAUCCGCGUGCAGCAGUUCACCAGCCGUGAAAUCCAGGUCCAGCUUGUCAGGCACCUCCACGGUCUCUCCCUUCGCUGGCACCUGGAGCGGAAGACAGGCGAGGUGCUGCGCAGUGUUGACAGAGGCACGAGCAGCAUCAACAAUUUGCUCAGCUACAUUGUCUUUAGCAUCUUCCCGACGAUAGCUGAUAUCAUAAUUGCUAUUGCGUAUUUCACCUCAAUCUUCAGUGCCUGGUUUGGCCUUAUCAUCUUCCUCUGCAUGAGCCUUUAUCUCGCUUUGACCAUUAUAAUGACUGAGUGGCGAACAAAGUACCGCCGUGAGAUGAAUACUCGUGACAAUGAGGCCCGGUCUCGAGCUGUUGACUCCCUUCUUAACUUUGAGACGGUAAAAUACUACAACGCGGAGAACUAUGAGGCUACCCGCUUCAAUGAUGCCAUUGUCAAGUACCAGGUCUCAGAAUGGAAAGUCAAUGCAUCACUGGCACUGCUGAACCAGACCCAGAACCUGGUGAUCGGGUUGGGGCUGUUGAGUGGAUCCCUACUCUGUGCCUACUAUGUUACCAAGAAGAGGCUCCAUGUGGGCGAUUAUGUUCUCUUUGGCACAUACAUCAUCCAGCUGUACACACCGCUGAACUGGUUUGGCACCUAUUACAGAAUGAUCCAAACCUCUUUCAUUGACAUGGAGAACAUGUUUGACCUCUUCAGUGAGGAGCAGGAGGUGAAGGAUGAACCAGGUGCUGGGGAUCUUCGGUUUCUGACAGGACGUGUGGAAUUUGAAAAUGUCCAUUUUGGCUAUGUAGAAGGGAAGGAAAUCCUACAUGAUGUUUCCUUCACAGUGAUGCCUGGGCAGACCCUAGCACUGGUGGGACCCUCUGGCUCAGGAAAGAGCACCAUCAUUCGCCUGCUCUUCCGCUUCUAUGACGUGUGGGGAGGUUGCAUCCGAAUUGACGGGCAGGAUAUCUCCAAGGCAAAACAGGUUUCAGUGCGUUCCCACAUUGGUGUGGUGCCUCAGGACACUGUUCUCUUCAAUGAUACCAUUCGCAACAACAUCCGCUAUGGACGUAUUGAUGCCACCAACGAAGAGGUGGUGGAGGCAGCAAUCACUGCUAAUAUCCAUGAACGCAUCCUCACCUUCCCUGACAGUUAUGAUACACAGGUUGGUGAGCGAGGUCUGAAGCUGAGUGGUGGGGAGAAGCAGCGCGUUGCUAUUGCCCGGACAAUCCUGAAGAACCCCCAGAUCAUCAUCUUUGAUGAGGCGACGUCAGCGCUGGACACUAAGACAGAGAGAAAUAUCCAGGCGUCCCUGGCUAAGGUGUGUGCAAACCGCACCACCAUCAUUGUGGCUCACAGGCUAUCCACUGUGAUUACAGCUGAUCAGAUUCUAGUUAUCAAGGAUGGCCGAGUGACAGAACGAGGAAGGCAUGACCAGCUCCUAAAGAAGGGUGGCCUCUACGCUCACAUGUGGCAACAACAAAGUGAGUCGGAUGUAGAGAGCAAGGCCAGCCGUGAGUCAAAGUUGAGGGGCAGCAAGAAGGGUGAUUCUCUCUAUGAAUCGGCAACAGGCAGUGAAGAAAAGUCGGCUGCUGAGUCAGAGGGGGCUGAGUCAGAAGCAACUCCCAGCGCUACAUCAGAAGCAGGCACCGAACAGAGCGAUGAUGCCUCCGAGUCAUAGCCAAGCACCGGGAAGAACUUCUGAGCAGCCGACAGUGAUAGCUGCAGCUCCCAGCAGGAUGUGACUUUGAAGCCAAAGAGGCAGCAGCUGCCUCCUCUGCUGUUACGAUUUGUGGACUUCCUACGUAUGGCACAAUGGUGGAGAAGCUCAGGACACCCAGCAGAUCCACAAAGUUAGAAAUGUGGUCAUGGAGACCAAACUUGAGGAAGACUGUGUAGUUCCCAGCGUGCAGCUCUUCAUGAGCAGGAACCUACCCAAUAGUGCUAGAGCAACAUAAAAGUCUAUCCUCCAAGCUGCCAGCAGCAAUCCAGGGAAACUGUUGUUUGGUAGUCCAGACAUAUUGUCAGUGAAUAGUGAAAGGGGGGAGGUUGGU